AGCUUGCCUGGCUCAAGAUUGGUCGGCCCUGUUCAUUUCCGAGGGAGGCCGCACGGCGCCACAAGGCGCCGCACGAGGAUGGCCGCCCAAUGGGAAAUUGCAUGGAGCAGAGAGAUGAAGAGAUACUACUACAUGGACAAGGUCCACGGGAAGUCAAUGUGGAGCAAACCCUCGAACUGUGACUUGGAGCUCCCAUCCAGGCCACCCAAGGAGGGCUCCCGCCCCAAAAGCCCUCCGCUGCCGGAUGACUUGCCGCCCGGCUGGGCGGCUGCACUGGAUGACCGCCCAGAGGUGAAUCGCUACUACUUUUAUAGAACAGCGAAGCCAGAGAUACGGACGUGGUUCAAGCCCUUUCCUGAUGCAGAGGAGGAAGAGGAGAUCGUGGAGGAACAUAUCCAGCAGAUCGAGAGUCGCCUCCUAGACAUGGAGGGGGUUAACUUCCAAAAGGGCGUGUCCUUUAGAAGAGGAGACUUGGACUUCAAGUUCGCAAUUCAGCUGCUGAGAUCGGAACCUCGAGAACUGGGCAAAAAGAAGCUGACAGAAGAACUCCUCCAGGACGUCUUGAAGAGCAACGAUGGCCUUAUAGAGGAAUCGGAAAUCACGGUGCACCUGACGAAACGGGUCCCAAGCUCUGAGGUGAUGGAGGCCUUGAGCUCUCGCACCUGGCGGCCCAUCGAUCAGGCACCCAAGGUCACCUUCGCAGAGAGCACUCUAGCCUCUGCAACAAUGCUCUUCCAUACGCAGGACCCCAAGCGGCAGAUUUGCAUCGUGAGCAGUGGGAUGGGCGAGAUGCCACCGGAGCUGACGUUCAACCAGGAGACGGAACUUUACUGCCAAGUGCCCGCCCUGCUGAAGUCACUUCAGAUGACAAGCCCCUCACCGGUGUGCCCAUUUGGUCCUGCCGCCUGUGCCUCUUCCAAUGACCCUGAGGAGAUGAGCACUGUGCUCUACACACCUGAGUGCACCAUUUGCCGAGGCGGUGUAAGUCAGGAUUUCGAUCUUCUUUCCACCACGUGCACGGUGCCAGUCCUUAGCAUUGCAAUCCCUUCGUCGGCGCAGUGGUCCGCCGAGGAGAUAGAGAAGCUGCUGGGCUGUGCGAUCCAGGGAUGCCCCGAACUGGGAUAAGCUACCAAUAGUCAGGUGGGUAGAGCGGCGCUGACCAAACUUGAUUUCAAUCCAAUGGAUUAUCCACCCAUCUACUAUAAGAUGGGCUGCAAAGACCGACACAUUCUUUUCCGGCCAGGUAUUGUACUGUUAUCUUGAGAAUUCAACAUGCCCAACGUGUCAGUAGACCCGAGGCACACUGGCUGAUUGAAAUGGCACUGAUCGGAAAAGUGACAAAAAGCAAUUUGGUAUCCAUAAUGAGCAACAUAGAACUUGUGUCAAUAACCUUGCACAGCUACAAGCUGCAUUUUUUCUUAAGUAAGCAGGAAUCAUUACUGACACUCCUUGAGCAGCUCUGUCAUUGGAAAUCUGUCACGACAGGUUCGUCACCGAAGGGACUUCCCGGCUGUGCCUCUUGCUUCUACUUUCAAUAUCUGAACUGUGUCGCAAGACAUCGCAACUGAUCUGCCAAGCAGAGGACUGUAGAUAAUUCUGCACUCAGCUUCCCAGAUGUUUGUUGCAAUCAAUCCUAUGGACCAGGGUGCACGUGUACGUUAGCCUACAUAUGUAGGGAUCAUCAGCCUGAUUGCCUUCCGCAAUGUGCAACCUUUUCACACAGAACGCCCACAGAUAGGGCUACAGUCGAGCUAGGGUAGACCCUAUCAGCGGGAGCCUAGGCUACCCCUAGGCCUAUGAUAGGCCCAGCCCUACCCUACCCAUAGGCCUGGGCAGGGUAGCUUAGGCCCUAGGAUAUGCCUAUGGGCAGGCUAGUCUCCGGGAGUUCUAUGCCAACCUUUUGUGCACAUGCUCCGAACACUUAUCAUCUCCAUAAACAAUAUUUACACACAUCUAGGUUCAUGUAAGCUAAAUACAUCAAAAUACAACAUUUGCCAGCUAUUUCUCCAAGC